AUGACUGCUUGCUCUUUAGCAGGAACAACAGCCUCUCAGCCUGGCCGAAUACCGCCCCCAUAUCAUGGGAGCAACCUGGCUCCUCGGCUGGGCAUCCCCCUUAUCCGAUCGUUUGAGGACUCUGCAGAAAAAGAGAGAAUUCGUCGUCCUUGUCGGCGAGCUGAAAAAAAAAUGGUAGAUGAUCAAGGUUCGGCGUAUUGCAUAGGAAAUGCAACGCUGGUGAUCCAGCUAGAUAAAAUCUGGCCUGGGAGGGUGAAGAAUAAACCAUCGUUGAACUCUCAUGGACAUCGCUCGCCACCCCUAGCCGUUGUCGGGAAACUGGAGGCGCUAUACCUCCAACGUCAACGUUACUCGGCUGCCGUCGUUACGGCAGAGGGAGGAAGUGGUAUUUAG